AUGGGGGUUUGUGUAUUGAAAUCCUAUCAGCGCGUUGGGGUUGGAAAUGGUCCUGGUGGCGGUGCUCGAUUGAUUUUAGGGAAAAGGGUUGAAUUCGGAGGUGUAAGAAGAGGGUCAGGGCUCAAUCUCAUUCCAACAAGCUCAGCAAGGAUGGAUGCUAUUGUUCCAAAAACAGAAUUGAACCACACCAACGUGCCAAUUGAUGAGUUGAAGGAUGUCCACCGACCAUGGGAAGCUGUUAUUAUGGUAGAGCAAAAAACCAGACCCUACCAAAAGCCUGGUAGCUCCACUAGAAUGCAGAAGAUGAUCUUCAGUGAUGAUAAGGGUGCUAGAGUGGAAGGCAUCAUGUUCAACAAUGCAAUUGAUCUGGUCGGACAUAAAUUUGAACCUUGUAAGAAGUACCGAAUCUGCAAUGCUACAACUGUCAGGAACCACGAAUUGCCACCCCAAGCACGUAGCCGUGUGACCGUUAACUUAAUCGAGCAGAGCGGAUCAAUUCAGGCUACUGCCUUUGGAGAAAUAGGAGAAAGACUGCUGGGGAUGAGUUCUAUAGAAUUGUAUGAACAUCCACAUCAGGUUGAUCUUCAUGCAAGAAAUGCUGUCCUCGAACACCAAACAUACACAUUCAAGCUUAGUGGGAAAGGAUACUAUAAAGGCCUUCGAAAUUUUUCCGACGUCAACCUCAUUGACGACAACCAACAUUCUGAGGCCCCUCUAUUGUUACCAGCACCACCAACAGCUCCAACUGACAAGACUGAUGCAACUGCACUUCCCAAUGUUGAUCCUCCAAUUGAAAAGACUGAUGUGUGUCCAAUUGACAAGACUGAUUCAACUACACUUCCCAAUGUUGAUCCUCCAAUUGACAAGACCGAUAUGUGUGAUCACAGUGAUGCCAGCAAUGACAGUGAUGGCCCACUCUUAAAGAAGAAGAAACCAGCAAAGAGUCCCAAAAAGACAUCCAAUUGA